UAUAUCACUUUACACUGCGAUACACUUUUAUUGUUCACUUGCAUAUCUUCAAGACCAGUAUCGAAAUAGGCAACAAAUAUGUUAUUAAAAUUAUCUCCUAUUAUAACGUUAUUUUUUAUAUCGGUUUCUAGUGAGAAAUUUCGUUUCGACAACUACUCUCUUUACAAAGUGCUCCCAAAAAAUUUGGAUCAGAUAAAAGUUCUUGGUGAUUUGCAACAUGCGUCCCCUGAAUAUGAUUUCUGGGACGACCCUGUUCCGACGGCUGAUUACAUCAAUAUUAUGUCAAAGCCUGAAAUGAGGAAUGACCUGGAAACGUUUUUGAAUAAAACUGGAAUUGAUUUCGUGGUUACCCUCCCAAAUGUUCAAGAAAUAAUAGACAGCGAGUCAAGGAAGCCUUACAAUAGAAACAAUAUUAAAAGUAUGAAAUGGGACGCCUAUUAUCCAUUAGAAGAAAUAUACGAUUGGCUAGAUGACCUAGCUAAAGCUUACCCUGACAUAGUCACUAUAAUAGUUGGAGGAAAAACAUAUGAAGGCCGUGAUAUUAAAGGAGUUAAAAUUUCCCAUGGGCCUGGCAAACGAGCAGUUUUCAUUGAAAGUGGGAUACACGCUAGGGAGUGGAUCGCACCUGCUACAGUUAAUUUUAUUACCAAUGAGCUUCUUACAAGUAGUGAUGAAGAAAUUAAGGCUGUAGCUAGGGAUUACGAUUGGUAUAUAUUCCCAGUUACAAACCCUGAUGGAUAUGUAUGGAGCCAUGUUGGGUUCCGUUUGUGGCGCAAAAACAGGAAACCAUACGGCACUGGUUUUGGAGUGGACCUUAACAGAAACUGGAAUGACAACUGGUUAAAGGAAAGUGUGAGCACUAACGUGGCAUCCGACGUCUUCGCUGGACCAGGACCCUUCUCGGAGAUAGAAACGAGGACAUUGUCAACAUACAUCAUGAACAUGGCUGAUAAGAUCGACUUGUAUUUGUCCUUCCAUUCUUCUGGACAAAUUCUUCUGCUGCCGUUUGGGAAUACAACGGAACCACUGUCAAAUUAUGAUGAUGCUAUGAAAAUCGGCAUACGAGCAAUGGGAGCAUUGUCAGUGAGAUAUAGGACACCUUACACCAUUGGAAAUAUUGCUGAAGCUAUUUACUUCGCAACUGGAACAAGUAUAGAUUGGGUUAAGGAACGUCUCCAUGUCCCUCUAGUUUACUGCUAUGAAUUACGAGACCGUGGUACCUAUGGCCAUCUGUUGCCUCCAGACCAAAUCUUACCAACAGCAGAAGAAACCAUGGAUUCCAUCGUAGAAAUGAUCCUCCAAGCAAAGAGAUUCGGAUAUAUGAACGUGAACGCUGCUGUGACUCAAAAAGUUUCGAUUUUCAUUAUUUUUGCGGUGCUAGCUAAAUUUUUGUUCUAGAAUUAACGGGAGGAUAAAUAACAGUCUAGAAAUAAACAUGUUGAUACUGUGA